AAUAAUUCUAAGCUUCUUUAACAAAGUAACUAUUUGGUACAUGAUAACGACUCUCAUAAGAUGACUGAUGACCUGACCCAUCUGAGAAUAUAAUGGGACUUCCCUUAAGAAUGGAUAAUAUUCAUGCACCUACGGUUCCUGCGGGACCUUCGUCCCGGCCUCUGGCAAACGGAAAUGAGAAACACUUAUCCUUUGCUGAGCUCCAGGCUAAGAAGGAGAAUUUAGAAGCCGAACUUAAAGCAUUAAGUGGUGUACUUGAUUCUCAUGGAGUCAACAUGGAAACGCCCUUGACCACCGCCGAUGGGUUCCCCAGAGGAGAUAUUGACGUGGCACAAAUACGCACUACACGGGCACGAAUAAUCCACUUGAAGAACGAUUACAAAGGUCUCAUGAACGCUAUAGAGAAGCACCUUCACGAACAUUUUGCGAGCAUCCAAGACACUGAAGAUGUUACACCCACAACGACGACCCGUGCUGAGAUGCUAGGCGACUCUAUCCCAAUUACUUUAGGCGAACCUUUUGCAAAAGUCAACAGUGUGGUUGCGAACAGCCCGGCAGAGUCAGCUGGCUUGAAACCUGGAGAUGAGAUUCGAAACUUCGGGUAUGUAAAUAAGGGUAACCAUGAUGGCCUUAAGAAGGUAGCAGAGUGUGUCCAGGGGAAUGAAGGCCAAAGGAUUCUCGUCAAAAUCUCCCGUCGGAACGAGUCGAGUGGAAGACAAGAACUACAGCUAAAUUUGACCCCUCGACAGAAUUGGGGAGGCAGAGGUUUAUUGGGAUGCCAUAUCUUGCCGUUGUAGGAGAUUCUGGGCAACGAUGCAUAUUCAUUUUUCACACGAACUUAUCCCUUGCCUCGAAUUCCGAUACCUCUUUCUUCCGGCAGUGUAGAUUCCUAGGACUACGGCGUUACCUGAUUGAUAAGAUAGAUGAUUCAAUGCUCGUGAACGGCACAUGAACCCUUAGCUUAUUUUUGCGGGGAGUCAGGUAGAGCUAUGUAUCCAUUUCACGCGAGUAAGCAGCUUCGAAAAUGGCCGAUCUGGAAAUCAACAGUGCCAACAUAUACAUAAGGCAUUAUUAUUCCAUAGCCUGAUCGAUGCCCAGCCUUACUUCAUCGCAACAGGAUCGUUAACGUGAUAAGAGUUGGGCUCGUGGUGUUACAAGAUGGACGAAGCCAUCAAAUUAUCCGGUAGGUAAGAUCGUUGCAAUUCAAUUUCCUAUCACCCAAAGACAUAAAGUACCAGGUAGCCGAGGUAAAUGGGUUGAAUUGGUGCGAAUAGAGCGUGAGCAAUCGACCAAGAGCAAAACAACAUCCAUAAAUAUUCUUCAGUUAGAUACUUCGCUUUUUAGGCAGGAAAGAAUAAACACAUUGCAUA